UUUAAAUUAAAUUAAAAUAUCAGUUAAUUCACAAGACUCAUCUGUAGCCACGUUGGCCACGCUGGCUAGAGUCUUACUGGCUAGAUGUCAGAUCCGAUAUUAUCAGAUUUUGUUUCCAGUUGGCAUGCCACAAGUGCACAGAGGUAUUACACUUUGUAAUUUACUGGUGUCAAAUCCCUCAUAAUUGCAGCUCUGUUGAUCCGCACCAGAGCAACUUUGGCUGGCAAACUGGGCGCUUUUCGUCGCCAAUGGCAACAUUCACAAUGUUCGCUCGACAGUUUGUUGAGUUUCAAGCCAUAUAAAACUUUAUCGUCUUCGACGACUUGGGGGACUUGGCAUUUAUCGGGUUUACGAGUGUCUACACCAAAAUAAGGCUUCUACAAACUAAGUAUCGCAGAAGGACUACACACCCAUUGGUGGGACAGGUUAAAAUAUUUUACUCUGGCCCAAAUCAUUUUACUCUAUCCUAAUAUCUCCUCGUCGACACUACAACGAUGUCAACCAGCGUAUCAUCAGUUGCCUCCAUGCGAUUACCAGAGAUUCAGCAUCCCUUAACAAAGCUUGGCAAUUUAGAAAUGUUAUCACUUACUGGCUGCUCCACCGAUCGCAAUGGGAAUCAAAAUAGUUCGACACGCCGCGGCCGACCAAUGUUCGAAGAGGAGAAAAGUCUGGAUUCUGCGUUACGAAGUCAAUCGUCGAAAUGUCUCCAAAGUCUUCGUGAGGAGAAAGCAAAACGAGCUGACAGUUUCACUGUGCCUCCAAGGAUUCCCAAGGAAGUGGAGGUGAUCUUAGCCCCUGAUAGACACACGCCAAGGUUGCCCAUCUUUGGUCAGAGGGUGGCGCCAGAGAGCCGCGCAAACAGCCGUGUUAGCGAAGCCAUCAGUACCACGAGCAGCUCAUUCUGUCCCGGAGGCCAGUUGAGGAUACAGGUUGAUCAGCUAGAGCACAAACUCAGACAGAGGACACAGGCUGCAGGAUCCGUCAGCCUUAAGAACAUGUUCAAGAGCAACAAUCCAGAGGGCAAAGCCGCAGUCAACAGGGAUGUGUUGCUUAUGGUGCUAACCAAGUUCCUGGGGACGUUCAUCUCAGUUAAGCAGUUCAGAGAGUUGCUUCUAAGGCUGCACCUCUCUGAGAAGGCUGUGAUUGGCUUCGAUGAGCUGUGCAGUGCCGUCCGAGAGCCGGUGCUCACUGACCCAGCCGCUUGGCUGUCCCCGGCUCGGCCUACCAACCCAGGGGCUCUGCUGCGGGCGUCCCAGGCCCUCUCCCUCCUCCGGGGCCCAGCCAGAACCAGGUUUCUGGAGGCUGUGGAAUAUCUCCCUAUCCAAGAGCCAAAGGGUCCGGGCUGGAUGGUCGCUGCAGAACUGAAAAGCAUUCUGGGACAGCUUGAGAUACACAUGCAGGAGUCAGAGUUUGACAAGUUGUGGAAGAGGUUUGAUAUUGACGCACUAGGAGCUGUGAGGCUUAAGGUUUUACUUAAGAAACUUGGACUUUGUAAAAGAAAGAGACUGGACACCAUUGAUGAUAACAUUCCGAAAAGCACAAUACCAUCCCCAAAUGAAGAUUUGAAAACCACAGUGCGGCCCAGGACCCUAUCCAAGGCUGAAGAGGACCGCCAUUUUUCCAUCACCAUGGAAACCUGGCUCAAGGACAGGUUCAGGGAAGGUGUUCAGAAAAUGAAGGUGGAGUUUGAACGACUGGACCCUGAGCAUUCUGGGAAGGUGGGAGGGGAGGAGUUUCUGCAGGUGCUGAGGGGCUUUGAUCUGCGUCUGAAGCGCGAGCAUCUGGGUCUCUUCCUGGCCCGCUGUGGCAUGGAGCUGCGCAAGGACGGCAUCGACUACCCACAAUUCCUGCUCCGCUUCCUGGAUCGCAGCCAAGACGGCCUCACACACAGCAUCCUCUCCAACCCUAAGCACAGGUUUCAUCAGGCAGAGAACAUCAGCCAUGCUUCCUCCAUUACAGCUGUGGAGGCCAAACUGACUCAGCUGUUCCAGUCUGAGUACCUGUCCCUCCUGCAGACUUUCCAGAGCAUUGACAAAUUUAACAAGAGGACAAUUAGCCAGGAGGAAUUCAGAGCUGCAGUUGAGAGCAGGUUUGGCCUGGAGAUUUCCGAGGCCGAGUUUGAACAGCUGCUGGACAGGCUGCCUCUGGAUGCCCACGGAAACGUGCAGUACCCCAUCUUCAUGGCCGCCUUCGAGACAAGCCGAGGAGCUCCCAGUCUUUUCCAGACUCAGUUCGCUAAGGAUUGUGGGAAUGGCGAUGGUCUCAUGGAGGAGGGGGCUCGGAGCGUGGGAGAGGACAGAGGGAUGCCAGCACAGCGUUGGAGUGUCAGUCAGCUCUUUCACAUCAUCAAGCGGCUGGUGACAGAGCAGUAUCAGGCCGUGGAGAGGGUGUUCCAUGAGCUGGAUGAGAAAAACACCAGACGCCUGACGCAGGAGACCAUGUAUCAGCUUCUCAAGAGGUUCCUGGUCCACCCUGAGGUGAGUCGCGGGCAGAUCCGGCAGCUCUGGGCCAGCCUCAUCACGCAGCAGGACGGCACCCUGGACUUCUUGCAGUUCGCCCGCCACUUUGGCCCCUCUCUCAAGUCCUCUCGCUUCCCCAACGCCAAGCGCUGCCCACCUCAGCGCGGAGACGAGAACCUGCGCCAGCGCUCCAAACGCCUCACUUGCCUGUCUGACAUACUGGUUGACGCUGUACAUGCCAAGGUGGAACAUUCAUUUCAUGAUCUGCAGAUGGAGUUUGAGGAGAUGGACCCGUACCGCACUGGCUUUGUGAGUCCAGAGGAAUUUAAGGAAGUUCUGUCGAUGCUCUGCUCUCAGCUUGAUGAAUACGAGUGUGACGUCCUCGCUAGGAAGUUUGACAUCAACAGAGAUGGAAGGGUCUCCUACAGUGAGUUUCUGAGGCCCUUUGCUGGACAGAAGCAGGCAUGGAGGAAUGGAUCCAACAUGGCUGCAAUCUUGCAAUCGCACAGAGAGAAUGGGGAUUUGACUCAGGGGAAGGACACCUCCAAAUUAGGAUCCCUGAAUGUUAGGCUCAAGAAGAAGCUCCAGAGGAAGCGGCAAGCCCUGCGCCGUGCCUUUCUCCAGCUGGACGUGUCCCGCUGUGGCCUGCUGUCCGUGCCAGAGCUGCGGGCCGUCCUGAUGCUCUGUGGGGUCUCACUGGAUCAGGAGGACCUCUAUCAGGUCCUCUCCCUCCUGGACCAGGACCUUGGAGGGCACGUGGACUACCGUUCGCUUCUACAGGAGAUCAGCAAACCACCACAGCAAAGAGACCAAUGAAAGUGCUUCAGUUAUCCUAUUCAUCUGUGGUUCAUUGUAUAAAACACCACUAUGCGAGAACUUUUUUUUUUUGUAGCAGCUUUGUUUUUUGCAUUACUAAACAAAACUGCAGCGUUGGAGUAGGCUAUCUUAAUCCUGUGCAUUACUAAACAAAACUGCAGCGUUGGAGUAGGCCUUAAUCCUGUGCAAGCAAAGUCCUUAUAGUACCUCAUAACGUCUCGGGUGCAAAUCAGUAGUAGUAGUGUUGUUAUCAUAUUCUGGGAUGUCGUCGCAGAACAGUAAGCAUUGAUAGCAAAAAUAAUGAGUAAAUUUAACAUAUCAUGGUUGAUUUGGUGAUGCUAGCUUUUGAAGUAGAAACUUCAGGCCCUGGGGUCACUAUCAACCAGUAAGUAUGGAUACAGUAUGUCAGUAAUCAUAAUACGCAGCAGUGUUAUAUUAGGUUACUACACAGACUUCCUGUAUCUUUGGGCUUCUAUCUUUUGUUACAGUAAUAUGCUGUUUCCUAUUUUUGUAAUAAUGACAGUUUCUGGCAAAAUGUAUCAGUAACAUAACUAUUGUGUGGUGUAACUAUAGUCUAACUAUAUAGAAGAUUUUGCAAGACACCGCAACAAAAGAGUACUAUGAAAUUGAACAAAACUUCUACAGCUGAUUUGGCAACUGGCGAACUGGUGAAUUUAUUCAUCCUUGUCGACGCAUAUGGCCCAAGAUGUUUCCAUUGCUUUGAGUAAAUGAUAUUAAUAGAAAUUAUAAGCUUAGGUUGGUAAUAUAAACAGACAUACAUGCUUCAGCAAAGG